GACCUGAGUCACCAGAAUCAUUUAAGUUCUCGCGAUGUUUCCAUGUUCGCGUGAGGGAAAGCAGUAUGGCAGCCGUGGCGCUGAGGUCCUGCCGCAGAGGACUUUCGCAAAUCAUCAGCAAUGUCGGGGUCUCUUCUGUAUUGUCCACAGGUUUCGAAGGAGGACCCAGGCAUGUACAAUGUACCUCGGGUGUAAGACACAAGUCUACGGUUCAGUUCGCCACCCGGCCCGACCUUCCCAAGCUGGCCUACAGACGGGUGAAGGGGAAGAGCCCAGGGGUGGUGUUCCUGCCCGGGUAUGGGUCAAACAUGAACGGACAGAAGGCUGAGGCCCUGGAGGAGUUCUGCAGGUCUUUGGGACAUGCCUAUCUCAGGUUCGACUACACGGGCCACGGCGCCUCAGAGGGGGUGUUCACCGAGGGGACCAUCGGCACCUGGAAGAAAGACGUCCUGUACGUCCUGGACGAGCUGGUGGAGGGACCGCAGAUCAUGGUGGGUUCCAGUAUAGGCGGCUGGCUGAUGUUGCUGGCAGCCAUCGCCCGGCCAGAGAAGACCGCAGCUCUCGUGGGCAUCUCUACUGCGGCGGACCACCUGGUCACAGCCUUCAACACUCUUCCGCUGGAGACGCGCAAGGAGUUUGAGGAGAAAGGCGUGUGGACGGUGCCCACCCGGCACUCGGAGGACGGCGAGUACCGCUUCAACAUGGAGUUCCUGCGCGAGGCGGAGAACCACCGCGUGCUGCAGAGCCCCAUCCCGGUCACCUGCCCCAUCCGCCUGCUGCACGGCCUGAAGGACGAGGACGUGCCCUGGCACGUCUCCAUGCAGGUGGCGGAGCGUGUGCUCAGCGGCGACGUGGACGUGAUCCUGCGGCGCCACGCGCAGCACCGCAUGGCCGAGAAGGACGACAUCAAGCUGAUCGUGUACACCAUCGACGACCUCAUAGACAAGCUGACCACAAUGGUCUGAGGGCUGAGGGGACAGGAAGAAUAUGAGAGCAUGGUAGUCAUACAGGAAACCCCAAAAUAACCCUGUUUCCCUUCGAGCCAAAGUGUGGACCCUUGUUCCCGCAUCAUUCACCUGGGGGGGGGGGGUCAACCCCAAAACAUGCCAUUCGGACAGUGCAUACACUACAGUGAAGACGGGUGACCCAUCCGGCUCAUUCUUUCCAGGUCAUGUUUGCAUAGCACUUGUUCCCGUUCAGGGCCUCCUCUCAGUUUCUAGUGGAGGGCCGCUGUGAUGCUCUGCUCGGCUUGCCACUGAUUUUUCUGUUUUCUUCCUCUUGUUUGUCUUUCUCCAUUAGACAGCCUUAGUUUGUCCUGUGCCUUUUUAAUAUCCUGAAACGUUGUGGCCAAUAAAGACUAUCCACAACA